AAAACAGUUCGUUGUGCUAGUUGGGGCCAUUCGCGCGUGGUUGAGAGGAAGCACGUAGCACGAUAUCAAGCUUUGGACCCACAUAGGACGCACUCAAGGCUCAAUUAUGCCCAUCGAAGGCCCAACUAGAACCCAAUUACAAGUAUAACUCCAUUCCCCUCCGUCCUCCCGCAUCAACUCGAACCGAAGGGACGACCGAGCGGAGUCUAGACUCGAGAGCAACCUCGACCUCCCGGAUCUCUCUCCCACCCACGCCUCGUCGGCGCCGUCGUCUGCUGCAGCGAUGGCCUCCCCCGACCUGCUCUUCAAUCUGCGGAACCUCUUCUACCUGGGCGCCUACCAGGCAGCCAUCAACAACAGCGACGUCCCGGGCCUCGACGCCGACGCCGCCGCUGAGCGCGACGCCAUCGUCUUCCGCUCCUACAUCGCCCUCGGCUCCUACCAGCUGGUGAUCAGCGAGAUCGACUCGUCAGCCGCUACCUCGCUGCAGGCCGUGAAGCUGCUCGCGCUGUACCUCACUGGAGACAAGGAAGGUGCUAUCUCCAGUCUCAAGGAAUGGUUGAGUGAUUCAGCAAUUGGAAGCAAUCCUGUUCUGCGGUUGAUUGCUGGAAUUGUAUUUAUGCAUGAGCAGGACUACAAUGAGGCUCUCAAGCACACACACUCUGGAGGAACUCUGGAUUUGCAUGCAUUGAAUGUCCAGAUCUUCAUCAAGAUGCAUCGUUCAGACUAUGCUGAGAAGCAAUUGAAGAUCAUGCAACAAAUUGAUGAAGACCAUACACUUACACAACUUGCAAACGCAUGGCUGGGCAUUGCUGUUGGUGGCUCUAAGAUCCGUGAAGCUUAUCUCAUAUUCCAAGACUUUGCUGAAAAGUACCCAAUGACAGGGAUGGUUUUAAACGGGAAGGCAGUCUGCUGUAUGCACAUGGGAAGCUUUGAGGAGGCUGAGACUCUGUUGCUUGAAGCGUUGAACAAGGACGCAAAAGAUCCUGAAACUCUUGCGAAUCUAAUUGUAUGUAAUCUCCACUUAGGCAAACCAUCAUCACGAUACCUCAGGUGGUGCGACGUGCUGGGAGUAGGAGGACCACAGUGAGAUUGUUGUGACUACCAGCUGAAGCUAUCGCAUCCUGACCAUGUGCUAGUUAAGAAUGCGGCAGCAUCAGAAGCGACCUUCGAGAGGGCCCUCCAAGCCGUUGCUUGAGCUCGACACACCCCACCCAGCCAGAUUGCAGGAAUCAGCACAUUCUGGUCUCUUCUCCAAUUACGAGUGUAUUAACCCAGAGUAUGGUGGUUUUGGUUGCCUGUAUCGUCGCUGUUAAUGCGACUCCGCCAGUCUUGUACUACAAACUGCUGUAUAAACGGAUAUGUCGAAUAUUGAAUCCUUACAUCUGUUGCCAAUACCAGUAUUUUGUUAUGUGA